ACCCCAAGGGGACUAUCUCCCAGUGGCAGGCCCUUCGAUAAAAUCAGGAACUUGUGCUGGCCCUGCAAUGUCAAGGGAGGGGGCUCACCCGGGGCUCCUGUAGCUCAGGGGGCAGGCCUGAGCCCUGCGUCUGACCCACGACCGUCCAGCCCCCCGACGGGGCACCCGGUCCUGAGGGGAUCCGCACUGAUCCCCACCGAGGCAGGGGAUCUGACCAACUUGGAGCUCAGCUGGAUGUUACAGGCGUGCAAAAUGGAAGGGUUUCCCCUCGUCCCCCCUCCAUCGGAAGAGCUCGUUGCUUACGAACCUGAACUAUAUCAACGCCAAACACAAGACUACUACUCCUUUAUGAGCAGCGAUGGAGACAGUCACAGCGAUCAUUACUGGGACUUCCCCACACACCACGUCCACAGCGAGUUCGAGAGCUUCCCUGAGAACCACUUCACGGAGCUGCAGAGUGUGCAGGCCCCGCAGCUGCAGCAGCUCUACCGGCACAUGGAGCUGGAGCAGAUGCACGUCCUCGACACCUCCAUGCCAACGCCCCACGCCAGCCUCAGCCACCAGGUUUCCUACAUGUCCCGGUCGUGCUUCCCCUACCAGUCCUUGUCCCCGCCCCACCAGCAGAGCUCAGAUGAGGAGGAGGGCGAGAGGCAGAGUCCCCCAUUGGAGGUGUCUGAUGGAGAGGCUGAUGGCUUGGAGCCUGGACCCGGUCUUCUGCAUGGGGAGACAGGCAGCAAGAAGAAGAUUCGCCUCUACCAGUUCCUGCUGGACCUGCUGCGCAGCGGCGACAUGAAGGACAGCAUCUGGUGGGUGGACAAGGACAAGGGCACCUUCCAGUUCUCAUCCAAGCACAAGGAGGCGCUGGCGCACCGCUGGGGCAUCCAGAAGGGCAACCGCAAGAAGAUGACCUACCAGAAGAUGGCGCGCGCGCUGCGCAACUACGGCAAGACCGGCGAGGUGAAGAAAGUCAAGAAGAAGCUCACCUACCAGUUCAGCGGCGAGGUGCUGGGCCGCGGAAGCCUGGCCGAGCGGCGCCUCCCGCCCCACUGAUCUCCCGCAGAGCCCGCCAGGCCCCCGGCCCCCGCCGGCCAUAGCAUUAACCCCUCGCCGGGCCCGGACACAGGGAGGACAUUCCCAGGGCCAGGCAGGACUGGGGGCCCGGCCUCGCCCUCCCGCGCCUGGCCCGUCCCGCCUCGCUUCGCCUCCCACCAGGAUUCUAGCCCGGCCCAAGGGCCACCUGGGCCUCGGACCCCACCAGAGGGUCAGCCUGGCUUAGUGGCCACGGUGCUUCCUUGGGAGUCUGGCGUCUUUGUAUACUGAUUGCUCUUUUUAAGGCUCUUCCUCUCCCCACCGCCCCCACCCAUUAACUUCCCAAAGAGAAGUAAAAUUAUUCUCAGCUA